AUGGACCGAGGCCUGAAAGCUUUGAAGGCUCAGGCACGCCGCGAGUGGGACGACGUGCCCUCGGGGAAACCUGGAGGAGAAUCUGAUGGCUUUAGUCCAGAGUUGGAACCAUUAGACGACUUCGAAGAGGAGGACACUGGGAUUUACAGUCCAGUGCUUGAACCUCUCAGCAAGUACCACCCAGAAGACCUGCUGGAUCCAGAUGAGGACCUUCGAGUCUUGCGACAGGUGCGAAACACGAUCAUUGAAGCUUUUGGUGGUGCCGUUUCCACGACCACGUCCCAGUCCAUCGACCGCAGCCGCGACGAUGAGCUGUUGGCGGCCGAGCGGGCCAAGGGCAUGGGCUCCGGCGAGGUGGCCUUCAAUGCCGCGGGCAAGGGCGACGACUCGGAGUUCCACGGCGAGGUGAUGCUGGACAAGAAGCGCUACGAAUGGGAGGACAAGUACAAGCCCCGAAAGCCGCGGUUCUUCAACCGUGUGAAGACGGGCUUUGAAUGGAACAAGUACAACCAGACGCACUACGAUCAUGACAAUCCACCACCCAAGAUCGUGCAAGGCUACAAGUUCAACAUCUUCUACCCGGACCUGAUCGACAAGGCCAAGGCUCCCACCUACCACGUGGAGAAAUCCGACACGGCCGACACGGUGAUGCUGCGAUUCAGCGCCGGACCACCGUAUGAGGAUGUCGCCUUCAAGAUUGUAAACCGCGAGUGGAACCUUUCCCACAAGUUCGGCUUCCGCGUGGUCUUUGACCGUGGGGUUCUGCAGUUGUACUUCAAUGUGAAGCGCUGGCGCUACCAUCCCCGCUUGGCUCGGAUGGCGCGGAACUUGCCCCGGCGCACGGAUGUCUCCAUCAGCUUUCUGCCGCCUCCGCCGCAGUGGCGUCUCUUUCAGCCCGACAGUGAAGUUUUGGUGACCCCCCCGCGGCCUCCAAAGAACGAGGUCUUUGUGUUUGGUGAACCUCAACGAUUUGGACCCAAACCGAUGCCAUUGGAUGCAGAUGAAUGGCUUUGCAACCUGGUGCGUGUUAUGCCUGUUAUGCACUCUGAGGUCUCUGAGGUCUCCCUGGUCUUCUCUGGCCAGGGCCUGUCGAAUCUACAUCUCUCCUUCUGUAUGCCAAGUAAAACAUAUGGUGUUUCCAGAUGUUUUCAUGUAAGAGAUGUUGCCUCCAAGUAUAUUUUGGUGUUUCAAAAAUCUUUUCAUGUGUUUUCUCAUAAAGAUGUUGCCUCCAAGAGGUCUCUCCAGUGGGAAAUCCAGUGGGAAAUGGCGGAAGUUCACAAAUCUGGAGGUAACCCAGAAGCACCAGAGCUGACCAACGAAUUAGAGAAGCUGCAGGAAAUGCUGCAAAGCGCCAGUCUGGAGCUGCUGGUGCCAUGGGUCGGGGACGAUGGAGGGUGACCCAGAGUAUCCAGUAUCCAGAGUGCAGCAUCCUUUUUUCCUCCUGAGAUUUAUAUGUGUGUGUGUGUAGGGUAGGGUAGUUUUUAGCUGAAUAAGUUGAUCAAGUAUUUUUUAUUGCGAGCCACAGUUCCCACAUCAGAGGAUGGCUUCUGCUCGGACCCUGGUGAAGUCCCAAGUCGCUUGCGCCACUUCAGUAACGUCUUAAAGAACCUCUCGGGCCUCCUGCGCGUGU